AUGCAUAUUCUGGUUGUGAACGACGACGGCCCUCCGUCAAAUCAGUCGUCUCCUUAUGUUCAUUCUUUCGUCGUUGCGCUACAGUCGGCAGGCCAUGUGGUAUCCGUAGUUCUCCCACAUCAGCAACGAUCAUGGAUCGGCAAAGCCCACUUAAUCGGCGCCUCCGUAAAGCCUACCUACUUCCGUCCUGGAACCCUGCAUAAGGAUGAUGGAACGACACACGAACUGCCUCGAGGCAGUGAUCCUGCUGACGAUGACAAGGAUGGCGAUGAAUGGAUCCUCGUCGAUUCUACCCCGGCCAGCUGUGUGCAAAUUGGGUUAUACCACUAUUUUGAGGAUCGUGGCCCUAUUGAUCUGGUGGUGUCUGGUCCGAAUUACGGCCGCAAUUCAACGGCCCUAUUUGCCUUGUCUAGUGGGACAAUUGGUGGUGCUAUGGAGGCAGCUGUCUGUGGAAAGCGCUCGGUUGCACUGUCGUACGCUUUCAGUUCAAGGGACCACGACCCCGUUGUCAUUGCCGAGGCGUCACGUCAUUCGGUUCGCUUGAUCGAGUAUCUUGCAAAGAACUGGGCGGACGGUGUAGACCUUUACAGCGUCAAUGUGCCAUUAGAACCCGGUGUGAGCCAGAGCAAGGUGCUUUAUACUGACAUGCUUGAUAACCGAUGGACAUCUGGUAGCUGUUUCCGAGCUGUCGAUGCCUCGGUGCCGAAUGCGAAUCCCGAGCUGCAGGAGCACAAUGUGCGGCACCAGGAUCCGACAGUAGGCGAAGAAUUAUCUACGAAUACGAAUGGAACUACCCCGAGAAGAUCUCGGAUUCAACACAAACAUUUCCAGUGGGCACCGAACUUCUCAGAUGUCUACAGGAGUGUGGAGGAAAGCGCACCGGGCAAUGAUGGUUGGGUCGUCAAAGAAGGAAUGACAAGGUAUAUCAAUUCCUCUAUCUCACCCGAUGUUACGCCUCUAAGAGCUAACUUCAUGCAUCAACCCGGUAUUCAAGGAGAGAUCAAGCUACCGGAUAAUGAUGAGCCUACGUUAUACUCCAUUGUGGACAGUGACGUUCCAUAUGUUCAAGAUUUGAUGGAACAGGCCCUGCAGCGUCGCCUUGGCAAGGAUCGCUAUAAGACGAUAUCUUCACUGUCAGACCUUCCGUCUCGCUCGGCGCCUCUUUUCCAGUACCGUGAAUACGAGCGACUCGACUUCGAACAUGCGUUGAUUCGCAAACAUUACCUUUCUAACACAAUCUCCAACUGGGUGACGAAACACCCAGACAGCGUCCUAGGAAAGCAUUUCAAACCUGGAUUCGAUUUCGAGCUAGACUACGCAGAGUUCCUCGACGACGCGUUGCUGGAAGCCUACGAACUACGGGACAGUUUGCAAAAGAAUGAGGAAAGGCCUGAUCAUGAAAAGGAGUGGUGGAUCCUGAAACCCGGAAUGAGUGAUCGGGGACAAGGAAUUCGACUCUUCAGCAGCGAAGACCAACUACGCGAAAUAUUUGAGGAAUGGGAAGUCGAUGAAUCUGAUAUAGAAAGUGGAUCGGAGCGAGCUGAAGAGGAGGAUGACGAGGUGGGUUCUUUGAAAGUGUAUGUCUUCAAGGAAAUGUUGGCUCUAUUUGCUGCAAAGCCAUACUGUCCACCUUCGGAGGAUGAAGACGAAGUCACUGAUCUGGCGAGGCAUCUUACGAAUACCUGCUUCCAGGAAGGUGGAAGCGCCAACGAAGGAACCGUCCGGCGGUUUUGGCAAUUAGAUCCCCACGUCCCUGGACUCAGCCCCGAUUGGAAGGAGAAGGUGUUUGACCAAAUCUGCGCUGUGAGUGGUGAAGCUUUUGAGGCUGCUGCCCGUGGAAUGAUGGUUCAUUUCCAGACACUCCCAAAUGCAUUCGAGCUUUUCGGUGUGGACUUUUUGGUCGAUGGAGAUGGCACCGCCUGGUUACUGGAGAUGAACGCCUAUCCGGACUUUGCCCAGACGGGUGAAGAACUCAAGGAGGAAGUAGUUGGCCGUCUCUUUGAGGAGACUGUUGAGGUUGCCGUGAAGCCGUUCUUCGGUGGCGAGGCCCCAGUGGAUGGAACUGACCACUUGAGGCUGGUUGCCAACCUUGAUUUGGGCCGGAGGUCCUAG